UUGGGCACAUGUCCUGCUGAGCACUAAAUCUGUCUGCUUUUAUAACCAAAAUUGUUUUGCAAGAUCCUUCUCUCUCUUUGCCUUCUCCAGAGCCACAAAGGCCACUACCGAGCAGAAGAAGCUGAGCCAUGCUGGAUCCAAGCCCUCCCUCUCUGAGAGCAGUGGCAGACUCCCUCAGAUAGCCAUGAACACCUGCAAGUACAAUGGCGGAGUGGUGAGACCACUAGUGGGCAGUCUGGCGUCCUCGUCGCGCCGCAACCUUGCGGAGCUCGACUCGGAGACGCAGCCCUUGCAGACGCUGCACAGCUCUGGCCUGGAGGUGGUGGUGUCCAAGGGCAACGGCGGCGAAGACCCCAGCAAGGCCUCCAACGAGAGCUUGGUCAGGGAGGGCAGCGGGCAUGGCGGAGGCAGGGCGCCGCAGAAGAAGAACAGGGACAUUGGCUACAAGCUUGGCCACCGGAGGGCACUGUUUGAGAAGCGGAAGCGGCUCAGCGACUACGCACUCAUCUUCGGGAUGUUUGGGAUUGUUGUCAUGGUGACAGAGACGGAACUGUCAUGGGGGGUUUACACUAAGGAAUCUUCAUACUCAUUUGCACUGAAAUGCCUUAUCAGCCUUUCCACUGUUAUAUUGCUUGGUCUUAUAAUAAUGUACCAUGCCCGGGAAAUCCAGCUGUUUAUGGUCGACAAUGGUGCGGAUGAUUGGAGGAUAGCCAUGACGUAUGAGCGGAUCUUCUUCAUCGUGCUGGAGCUGCUGGUGUGUGCCAUUCAUCCCAUCCCGGGCCAGUACGUCUUCACCUGGACGGCGCGGCUGGCCUUUACAUACACGCCGUCGGUGGCCGAUGCUGACGUGGACAUCAUCCUCUCCAUCCCCAUGUUCCUGAGACUCUACCUGAUUGGCAGGGUCAUGUUACUUCACAGCAAGCUAUUCACGGACGCUUCGUCUCGCAGCAUCGGCGCCCUCAACAAGAUCAACUUCAACACACGCUUUGUUAUGAAGACCCUCAUGACCAUCUGUCCAGGAACUGUUCUGCUGGUGUUCAGUAUAUCCUCCUGGAUCAUUGCUGCAUGGACUGUGCGCGUCUGUGAGAGGUAUCAUGACAAACAGGAAGUCACCAGUAACUUUCUGGGAGCCAUGUGGCUCAUCUCUAUUACCUUCCUCUCCAUUGGCUACGGGGACAUGGUACCACACACGUACUGUGGGAAAGGCGUGUGUCUGCUUACAGGGAUUAUGGGAGCUGGUUGCACUGCGCUGGUGGUUGCAGUGGUUGCCAGGAAGCUGGAGCUGACCAAGGCUGAGAAGCAUGUCCACAACUUCAUGAUGGACACACAACUCUGCAAACGAGUGAAGAACACAGCUGCCAAUGUACUCAGGGAAACAUGGCUCAUCUACAAACACACCAAGUUGGUCAAGAAGAUAGACCAUGCCAAGGUGCGGAAACACCAGCGCAAGUUUCUCCAAGCCAUUCACCAACUGCGCAGUGUGAAGAUGGAACAGAGGAAACUCAAUGAUCAGGCGAACACCUUGGUGGACCUGGCAAAGACCCAGAAUGUGAUGUAUGACCUAGUGUCAGAGCUGCAGGAGCGCAGUGAGGAGCUGGACAAGCGCAUCGGCACAUUGGAGGACAAGCUGGACUCGGUGACUGGCAGCCUGCAGGCGCUGCCCUGCCUCAUCUCCCAAGCCAUAACCCAGCAGCAGCAGGACUUUCUGGACGGCUUUGUUCACCGCUUUCGGCCCGCCUCACUAGCCUCGGAGCGCUCUGAACGCUCUGAGCGAUCCUGGACUUCCACCGCCCGCAGGCGGCGCUCACCCUCCACAGCGCCACACACCUCCUCUGAUAGCGGAUAACCUUGACAAACCCUUUGCAAUCACCUCCGAGUCCUGUCUUUCCCAAACCAACUCAUCACCUCAUUCUGUUCCAUCCUAAACCGUCCCUAUAACCCCUGCAAGUCCAUGUCUGGACUAAUAAUGAACCCAAAUCUUGACCCCUGACCUGAUCCUUGCCCUUACUCUCUCCCUCCCACCCAUUCCCUCUCUCCUUCCUCCCCACCCAUC